AUGGCAGCCUGUUAUGUUGGAAAGUGUAUCUCCGUUUUUAUAGUUUCUUUUCUGUUGUACAUUCCAACGAUAAAGAUAUAUUCUAGGAAGAUCGACGAUGGAGGAUGGCACACGAAUGAAGAUGAUAUUAUUGCCACAGUAGGACCUUGUAACGUGGAAAUUAGAGAUUCAUCACUUAGCUAUGAUGAAUUUAUAAAAAAAUAUGCAUAUUCAUAUCCUGUGGUGCUAAAAGAUGUCUCCGACAAUUCACUUUUUAGAGAACUCUGCACUAAAGAGAAUCUGUUGCAAACAUUUGGUAAUAAAGAAGUAAAACUGAGUACUGCUAACACAUACUCAUAUGAAAAAGUUAUCGUUCCUUUUUCGAAGUAUGUAAAUGAAAUAUUGAAACCUCAGAAGUUAGAUGCACUUGGCAAUGAAACACAGUACAUGUUUGGUGAUAAUAACUAUACUGAAUGGGAUUCCUUGUUUCGUGUGUAUAAACAACCUCCGUAUAUACUUCCUGACACUGAAGGAAUUCUCAGUUUUGGAUUGGCAGGACCAGGUACUGGUGUACCAUUUCACUGGCAUGGCCCCGGAUUUGCAGAGGUUAUCUAUGGUAGAAAGAGAUGGUUUCUGUACCCCCCCGAAAAAACGCCGUCAUUUCAUCCAAAUAAAACAACAUUACAGUGGCUAAUGGAGGAUUAUCCCAAUCUACAUGAGCAGGAUAGACCACUAGAGUGUACAAUCAACCAAGGAGAGGCAAUAUAUUUUCCUGAUCGAUGGUGGCAUGGUACGCUGAACAUUGAUACAAGUGUAUUUGUAUCCACAUUUCUUGGACCAGAAAUUUUUUAAAAAUCAUUCUUCACAGGUUUUGUUUUUAAUUUAUAAUAUUUUAAAUUUAUUAUUCAUACAAGAAUGCAUUUGUGAUGAAUAUACUAAUAAAAAUGACAAUGAUUUCUUAACAAA